CUCAACAAGUCGCAUAUUGAUAGACUACUAUCUCUGAUUGCCCACAUUUCGAGAGGCCAGACUAAAAUAACACUGAAAAACAAUACUGAUUUCCGCAAUAUAUUGCAUAGUGCAACUACUCAGGUGAUGCCGUUUACAAAGCAUGAUAUUACUGUGCCAUACAAACAAGAGGAGUGUGUAUAUGAGGUCCAUGCUUUGCCCAUAUGGGAAUGGGCCCUUAAUCUACUCGAAAACCCCUUACUCGCGCCACAUUUCAUCUGGGAUGCACAAUGUGUGUACAAGCAUAAUGGUGCAGGAUUCGAGAGGUUCUAUGAUGAGCUGUGGACAGCUGAUAGAUGGUGGGAUGUCCAGGUAUUGUUGUCAAACCUUCUUCCGUGUGAUCUUAUUGCUGCCCCCCUUUGCUUCAUAGUGUAUGCCAACAAAACAAGACUCUCAUCGCACAGUACUGUUAAGGGGUAUCCUGUCAUGGUACAUUGUGCGAAUUUACUGGUAGGAAUACGGAAUGGUGAGGGCAUCAGCAGCGGCUGUGUUAUUGGUCUGUUGCCUAUUGUUUCCGAAGACGCAAGUGAGGAAGGCAAGAUAGGUUUCACCAAUUUGAAGUGUGUCAUAUGGCACAAGUCAUUUGUGAAGUUCUUGGAACUGGUCGCACAGUACUUGAAGACAGGUUAUUCAUACAAGUGCUUUGACCAGAUUCUAUGUUGGCUAUUUCCCAUCUUAUUGAUACUUUCCGCUGACUAUGAAGAACAGUGUAUGAUGUCACUGAUUUGUGGCCAUCAUAGCAAGUGCCCAUGUCUGGUCUGCAUUGUACUGCUUGACGAACUUCAUGAUCUCUCAAAGUCAUUUUGGUUGCGAUCAAUGCAGGAUGUGAUGGCUGCACUUGAUGCUUACGAGGAAAACAAGGCUUGUGGUGAAGAAUUCUUAGAA